AUGGCCAAGCAUCAUCCAGAUUUAAUUUUCUGCCGAAAGCAACCGGGAGUUGCUAUAGGUCGUUUAUGCGAAAAGUGUGAUGGUAAAUGCGUGAUUUGCGAUUCUUAUGUACGUCCCUGCACUUUAGUACGCAUUUGUGAUGAAUGCAACUAUGGAUCCUACCAAGGACGGUGUGUAAUAUGCGGAGGUCCUGGUGUAUCAGACGCAUAUUAUUGUAAGGAGUGUACAAUACAGGAAAAAGAUAGGGAUGGCUGUCCGAAGAUUGUGAAUUUGGGAAGUUCAAAGACUGAUCUAUUCUAUGAGAGAAAGAAAUAUGGUUUUAGAAGACAUUAA